AUGACUACUGCAUUUAUUUUACUCAAGAACAAACAGGAAGGUGGGGGAAAUGGGCCACAGGAACUUAAAAAGGUUACACAAAAAGUGAAAACAGUUGCUGGAAAAGAUGUUUCCAAGCAGCAUUUCAGAAAGCACUUGCUGAUGACACUGGCAGGGGAGCAGGGCAUCAUCCCUUUAACGUUCAAGAAUAUCAUCUUGUACAAUUACAACAUUCCUUUGAAACCUGGACAUGCAGCUGCAUUUUCAGAUGAUUGUGACUCAAUCACCAAUAAAGUUGCUGUCCAUGGGGCAGUCAAUCAGUAUAAUUACACUGGGUUUCUAGAUUACAAAAAAGAAACCAUCCGAAAGCUUGCCAUGAAAGCCAACACCUGCUCUUUCAAUCCAGGAGUUAUUGUUGCCAAUUUGACAGAAUGCAAAUUGCAGAACAUCACGAAGCAAUUGGAGAAGUGGAUAGCACUGAAUAUAGUAAAGCAACUUUACAGUAGGACUCUGGCUGGCAGCAUUACAACACCUCCAUUGCUAAUUGUACUUUACACGCAACAUUCCUGUAUUGUCCCCAUGUGGAAUGUCCAGCAUCUCGGUUCUACUGCUGGAAAAAGGUACACUCCUCAGUUUGUGAAAACUGCCAAGUUGCUCCACUGGAACGGACAUUUCAAGCCAUGGGGAAGAACAGCUUCAUAUGCUGAAGUCUGGGAGAAGUGGUAUGUCCCUGACCCUACAGGCAAGUUCGACCUAAUUCGCACACAUUCAGAAGCCUGUGAAGCAAAGUAGAGUUCAUUUUAAUAACUGAUGGCAUUUUCUCAGGAAACUC